AUGGCUUUCCACCCUUCACAUCCUCACCCUUUUGGUUAUGAUAUGAAUGCCAAUCACCUGAAUUACGACACGCCUCAACAAUCAAAUCAACCCACGGAAUACUAUCGAGACAAUAAACCCGACGCAGAUCAAUCGAUCAACAAUGUCGCCAUGAUGCGUAACAACUCUACCAGCCACAACUUCCGGAAAGACUCUGUCGCGACAAAUUCUGGUGCGUUGAACGAUGCUUCGACUUCUUGGGAUCAUAAGCAAAUUUAUCCUGGUUCUGCUUUUGAUCAGUCACAUGCAUUUCGACAAGGCGACAACAGUGGUUACGUUCAACAUGAUCACACACAAGUCUAUCCGCAUGCAUCUCAAGAGUGGAUGAUGUCGCCGGCCGGAUCUGUAGACACUACAGGCUUUGAAAGCUAUCCAGGAGCCAAGUACGAAAACUCGCCCUUUCCUGGAAGCCUUCCGUCUGAGCGAUCAGCCUUUACGCCGAUACACGGUCAUGCCUUCCCCCAAGCACAUCAUGUGUCGAGUCCACAAGCGUCACUGUCACCUCCUUCACAUCCCGACUGGAUGGACAUGACCGGACCCAAUAAGCCUCUCAAGUCAGCAGACGUCAAGCCAAUCAAACCCCGUCAUCAACCCAUUCUCCGACGGGAACAUCGCGAUGGCAUUCGAAAGAAGAAUGCCAAGAUACCUAUUCCCUCGGAGAUCACCCUCGAGAACAUUGAUGACUUGAUUGAAGGAUGCGUUGACGAAGACGAAAUGAAGCAACUGAAAGCACAGAAGCGACUUUUGAGAAACAGAGAAGCAGCUCUCGCCUCUCGUCAGCGCAAGAAGAAGCACACUGAAAAUCUGGAGCAAAAGGAGAAACACCUCGAGACCAAGCUGAUGUCCCUGGCCACUCAGGUCGAACAACUACGCCUUCAGCUCAGCACCGCCGAAUCUCAGAAACAAUUCUUUGCCGCCGAACACGCAAAGGCUCACGCAGACAUCCAGACUCUACACAUGGAGAAAGAAGAUUUGAUCUGCAACCAUACCAAAGAGACCGCGAAUCUUAGAGGACAGAUUCGCUGGUACCGCGAGCAAUUUGAACAAUUCGAGGGUGAAAGUAUUGCGCCAGCCAUGAGCAAAGGACCGAGUAGUACCGGCUUCACCGACUUCAAUCUGGAGAUGGAUGGGCUGGCUAUUGAAGAUCAUCCUUGGGACAAGUUUAUCAAUGUGCAUGGAAGCGAGGAUACCGACUACCUGGGCGAUACGGCGGAGUCUUUCGCUACAAUUCAGCCGCCGAAACAAUUGGAACAUCAACAACAAGAUACCACCACAAAGACGGCGGAACAACCAGUAGCCUCAGGAAUCUUGUUCAUGUUGCUUUUGUGUGGAGCUUUCGUGGCCUCUCGCUCCUCCUCAACAUCCAACACCUCGACGUCCCAAACAUCAAUCAUCCCGAAGAUGCCCGAAGAUGUCAGAGCAGCAAGUACGGAAGUCCUGAACAAUCUGCUCAAAGACAAUCCCAAAGAAGCUUCCCUCUUCCUUCCCGACCUCGCCUCCUCCCACCAACAACAGUAUUCCACCCCCACAACAACCACUACUUGGCCAAAUCAACAACACAACAAUAUGCAAACACUCCACCACCAUCUCACCGCCCCCACCUCCCUCCAAGAAGCAGAACAAGCUUUCGCAAUGACGCCAGCACAGUAUGCGGCACUGACCACCUAUCCCUCCCACACACCAAUCCCACCUCUCCCCACUGCACAAAGUCUGCGACCCAACUUAGCAGAAGCCCUAGGCAAGAUGAGAGAGCAAAGAGGCGUCAGUCAAGCCGAAAUCUACACCAGAAGUCUGCUAUGGGAACAAAUCCCCGAAGACGUGGUUCGCGAGUUCAGAAGAGCCGUU